CGCUCGCUUGCUCACUCACUCACUCCCUGCCGGUUUUAACUUUCUCUCAACUCAACACCCUAAUUAUAAACUAACCUUUCUUCUCUCAACUUUGAAUAGGGAAAGGGAAAGAGAGAACAAAACAGCAUACAGAGGAUUAUAUUUUUGCUUAUCAGCAGCAAAGUGUGAGCCGAGCCAAUUCUCCCCCUUUGAAUUUUUGAAGAAAAUCGAAAGAACAAGAAAAUUGUUUUCGGAAGGGCCUAAAAUGGAGCUGAGUAAGGAAACUUUGGAGAUCUUCAACAAACUGGAGCAGAAAUGGUUAUCUCUCUAUGAAACCACCAAGAAGAUUCGAAUCCUCAGUAUUGACGGUGGUGGAACCACCGGCAUUGUAGCUGGUGCCGCUCUUAUCCACCUUGAAGACCAGAUCCGCCUCAGAACCAGUGAUGCUCAUGCUCAAAUUGCUGAUUUCUUCGAUGUGAUCGCUGGCACUGGCGUCGGUGCUGUUCUUGCUGCCUUGAUCUCUGCCGAUGAUGGAACCGGACAUCCUCUCUUCACUGCUAGGGAAGCUGUUGAUAUUAUCACUCAGAAUAACUCCGAGCUCUUCAAAGUUAAUAAGCUAGCCGGAUUUCUUUUCCGUCGGAAGAUUUUCAACGGUAAGAGCAUGGAUAAGGCGCUGAAGGAAUUGUUUAUGAGAGAUGAUGGAACGGUUUUGACGCUCAAGGACACAUGUAAGUCUCUACUUAUUCCUUGCUUUGACCUCAGGAGUUCCGCUCCUUUCGUUUUCUCUCGCGCCGACGCUUCCGAAUCACCUAGCUUCAACUUCGAGCUUUGGAAAGUAUGCCGCGCCACGUCAGCCACUCCCAGUCACUUUAAACCUUUUCCAUUGACAUCUGUAGACGGCAAGACCUCAUGCUCCGCCGUGGACGGCGGUUUGGUCAUGAACAACCCUACUGCAGCUGCGGUCACACACGUUCUCCAUAACAAGAGAUAUUUCCCUUCGGUUAACGGCGUGGAGGAUCUGCUGGUUUUGUCGUUAGGCAACGGUGUGUCGUGCGUAAGGUCAAAGGUCAGUAACAAUGGUGAAUGCUCAACUUCUUCCGUCGUGGACAUUGCGCUUGACGGAGUCUCGGAUACGGUGGACCAGAUGUUGGCGAACGCUUUCUGUUGGAACCGUACAGACUACGUUAGAAUUCAGGAAAACGGAGAGGGGCUCGAAAAGAUGGUGGGGCCGAGAAUGGAAGAGGUGCUGAAGGAGAUAGGAGUGGAGUCGUUACCGUUUGGCGGGAAACGGUUACUGACGGAGACUAACGGACAGAGAAUUGAGGGCUUUGUUCAACGCCUUGUGGCCACCGGCAAAACCAGCCUUCCUCCAAGUCCCUGCAAGGAAUAAGCCGUUCGCCCACUUGCUAACGGCCGUUAGCUGCUCUUUAAUUACUUUUCUGUCCUUUUGUUUUAAACUUUUGAACCCUUGCAACAAAUCACCUUUUACUUUUAACUGUUCUCUACAUUGAAGUAAAAAUAGCUCCUAAAUAGUAAUUAGUCAAAUCAAAUGUCUCAGUUGCGGGUGAACUAAUUAACUAGCAUUC